UGUGGCCAAGUUGCUAAAAAGGUUUAAAAAAAAGUGAGGAAGCAAGAAAUGGCGUCGCAAGUUGUUUUUUAUUCGAAAUCAAUGUGUUUCUAAUCAUUCAAAGUGAUUGUAGGAUCUAAUCGUUGUGUUAAAGUAAAGUUCAUUCGUGCCGUUGAUGUUUAAUUGAUGAGUAACGGGUGUUUGGUAGAGAAUUCGUCAUUCCUGGGGAAACAAUGGCGUCGGAUCAACCUGUACAAACCAAUGUAAAAGUAAGCGAAAUUCGCGAUUUCGCUGAUGAUAUCUACGGUCAGAACAGCGAAGCAGACGCCGGCGAGGGCUGUAAGCGCCGAAGAGUGACUCAUGACUACAAAAGACUUUCAAAACUGGGAUAUGAUCCAAGUGUGUCAACCAAUGCGAAACCACCACAAUCUCUCGAUUCCAAAGGCAAGAAGCGCAAGCGCAGCGAAGACUCCCUAGAGCUAUGCCCGUGGGGAGAGAACCUGAAGCCUUCCAAACUAACCAAGAUAUGGCCGGUGUUCGACUCGGGAGGGUUCGGCGAUGGAGCCAUGCUAACCCUGCAUGUGCUCAACAAAACCCCACCCAUGCGGAAUCCCUUACUCUUCAAUCUUCACCACGACUUCUGUCUCCAUGAGCCUCUCUCAUCCGACUGGUUGGGAGGCCUCAAUGUAACCUGGAGACAGUCCCAGCUCAACAACAAAGUUCCAGACGAUGAUAUAACUAAGCGAAUAUUCUCGUCAGUGUCGAGACAGCUGCGUAUAAUCAACACGCACUUCCAAAGGUCCAUGUUUAGAUACAAGUACCCUCGCGUGACGAGAUCGAACGUGCUUUUGGAUACGAACAAUCUUCGCCGCUCUGGGACGCAUUUCAGUCUGACUUUGAAGGCGAUUCGCUUCCAGUCGACUCCUCGGAGAGAGCUGCCUUGCUAUGGUAACUUGGAGCUGCCUUUUAAAGUCAAGCAGGAGCCUACAGCCUCCCCACAAAUAUUUGCAGGACUUGGCAGGAGUGUCAAGACCGAAACUGAUAAAGUGCAGGACGUUAAAGUGAAGACUGAGAGUGAUAAAGUGAAGUUGGAGAGGGACAAAGAUAGGGAAAAAGAAAAGGAGAGGGAACGAGAAAGGUCGUCUCACUCUUCCCGUCACUCGUCGUCCUGCCACCACUGCCGUCGGCGCGCGCGCAUCAAACGUUGUUCCAUCGGGGUGCAGUGCCGCCGCGACCGGCCCGGCCUGCCUCACGCGGACUCCUGGGGGCCGCUGGCUGAUAACGUGGUGGUCAAACACCUGAAGUAUCAUCGUGGUUCAGUUAAGUGGUUCCACAGUUAUUUGACCCAGCGACUGCAGUGUGUGGAGUUGAGAAGGGUGGACGGCACUUCGAUGAGAUCUCAACCUGAAAUGGUUACCCGCGGGGUUCCUCAAGGGUCCAUUCUGGGACCAAUCCUGUACAUCCUAUACAGUGCCGACAUCACUAACACUAUCGCAAGUUGUCAUCACCAUCUGUAUGCCGAUGACUUGCAGGUGUACCUCUCUUUUGCACCGGCUGAUUUUGCCGUUGCUGUGGCUAAAGUGAACAAAGACCUGAACAGCAUCUCUGACUGGAGCAGCUCAAAUUGUUUAAAGAUUAACCCAAAAAAGUCCCAGUUCUUGGUUAUAGGGACACCCAAAAACAUUGCUAAACUCAAAGAUGUAACUCUAAACAUUAAUAUAGACGGAGAACCUAUCGCAAGGGUUGAUGCAGCCAGAAAUCUGGGACUUGUUAUGGAUUGUAAUCUGAAAUUUGAAAAUUAUGUAGCGGAGUGUGUAAGAAAUAGUCUCUAUCGGCUCAAACUCCUGUACAAGUUGCGACCCUACCUGAGCGAGAAACUCAGAAUUCUACUCUCGGAUAUCCAAGGAGGCAGUGCACCCACAUCUUUGCUACUCCAAGACAUCGCACUGUGGCAUUUCGAGGCUCCUUCAGAUUCGCUGCGUCGCGGUGCUGGAACGACCUGCCGCCGCCAUUGCGUGCCCUGCUUGUCAGAAACACCUUUAAAACUCAUGCGGCGCGCGCGCAUCAAACGUUGUUCCAUCGGGGUGCAGUGCCGCCGCGACCGGCCCGGCCUGCCUCACGCGGACUCCUGGGGGCCGCUGGCUGAUAAUGUGGUGGUCAAACACCUGAAGUACCAUCGACUAAUGCGGGUGGAGACGCACCCCAAUGGCGGCGCUAGCGUCGUGUACCUACACCAGCGGGACAUCGACAUGCUCAACGUCCAACAACAGGAGGUGCUGGCUAAGGAAUUCCUCAAGCUGGUGUUCUCGGAAGACAGUGACGGCUGGGCGCACUUCGUAUGCGGCGUAGUUCGCGGGGCAGCGGCUCAGUUUCCUUGUCUUCUACGCUACUUGUGCGAGGCUCAUCCCAGUCUUACCGUCAAGGCAGGAGUCCUAGCACGGGCUUCUGACAUCGAGACCACCACCGUCAGCCGUUACUAUCAGCAGGUCAGUCGCUUCUACCAGCAGGGUAGUUCGCGGUUCCCUUGUCUCUUGCGCUAUCUAUGCGAGGCGCAUCCCAGCCUCACCGUCAAGGCAGGAGUCCUAGCACGAGCUUCUGCCUCGUCACUCGUCAGUAGGUCAGUCACUAGUACCAGCAGGUCAAGAGUGGUUCAAGGUGCACCAGCGCAGUUCCACUGUUUCCUGCGCUAUCUAAGCGAGGCGCACCCCAGCCUUACCGUCAAGGCAGGAGUCCUAGCACGGGCUUCUGACAUCGAGACCACCACCGUCAGCCGAUACUAUCAGCAGGCGCACCCCAGCCUUACCGUCAAGGCAGGAGUCCUAGCACGGGCUUCCGACAUCGAGACCACCACCGUCAGCCGAUACUAUCAGCAGCAGUUCCCUUGUCUCCUGCGUUACUUGUGCGAGGCGCACCCCAGCCUUACCGUCAAGGCAGGAGUCCUAGCACGGGCUUCUGACAUCGAGACUACCACCGUCAGCCGAUACUAUCAGCAGGCGCACCCCAGUCUUACUGUCAAGGCAGGAGUCCUAGCACGGGCAUCUGAUAUUGAGACCACCACCGUCAGCCGAUACUAUCAGCAGGUCAGUCGCUUCUACCAGCAGGUCAGACAUAGUGCGAGGAGCAGCAGCGUAGUUCCCCUGUCUCCUGCGCUAUCUAUGCCAGGCUCAUCCCAGUCUUACUGUCAAGGCAGGAGUUCUAGCACGGGCUUCUGA